CACCUCAUGGAGAAGACAACCUGCCACGCAUUACUGAGGAAGAACUAGUGAACAUGACCCAAGAAGAUCCUCCAAUGAGUCAAGUAGUCAGCCCAACUCCACCAGUUCAACAAGCCACAACUCCCACUACAAGAAAGAAAGAGAGAGUUAGAAGCGCUGAUCAGCUAAAGAAGGCAGAAAAGAGAGCAAGGAAACAUACCCCAACCCCAACUCAGCAAGAGGAUUCGCCAUCUGCGCCUCCAUCUGAAACCCAUUCACAAUCCACAAAAAUACAAAAAGUCAAGCAUGCGUAUCCAAAAGGGAAGGGGAAGCAACAAUUUGAAGGUUUUGGAACAUAUGUGAAUCCAAAUACAGGUUUUUCCAAAUUAAAUCCUGGACAUAGAAGUGAAAGAAUUUUGUCAUUUGGAUAUGCUAAAAAGAGGGCUACGGGAGUUGGAGAUAGAGGAAUCCCCGCUGUAACUCUAACGCCUGCACCAACAACACCUGCACCAACAGCACCUGCACCAAUAGCACUUACAGUACCUGCACCAAUGGCACCUCCAUCUAUAACAGCAACAACUCCCUCAGGAAGCAGUAGGCGCAGUAGGCAAUUUGUUACUGCCACUAACUUGCAAGCACAAUUAUGGGAAAAAAGAAGGCAAAAGGAAGGGCAGAAGGAAGAAGAAGCACUUGGUCGUUGGGCAGAGUUAUUGACUAAAAUUCACAUAGAUAAACAAUCAAACGUUUAGACUGUGAAUUUUUUUUUAUUUGAAUAACUAGACUGUGAAGUUAUUAUGUGUUGUUUGCAUGGAUGCUUCUUUUUUGGACAGAUUAGGGUGUGUAUUGCCUGGAUGAUUGUUUUUGGACAGCCACCCCUGUUGAGUGUAAA